AUGGGGUGCACAGGGGCGGGCUGCCUGGCAGCGCUGGCCGUGCUGUGCGGGGCUCUCGGGGAUGCUCCCGGCAGAGGCAUCAAAUGCGGAGGGGUGCUCUCAGCACCCUCCGGCAAUUUCUCCAGCCCCAACUUCCCGGGGCCGUACCCUUACGAGAUGGAGUGCACGUGGCUGAUCGUGGUGGCCGAGGGUUCCUCCGUCCUGCUCUCCUUCAGCCACUUCGAGCUGGAGUACCACGCCACUUGCGCCUACGACUACCUCCAGGUCUACAACGGGGCUGCCCGGGACCGGGGCAACCUCCUGGGCACCUUCUGUGGCCGCAGCCCCCCACCACCCUUCUCCUCCGCCUGGCACGUCAUGGCCGUCAUCUUCCGCUCCGACCGCCAUGUGGCCAAGCGUGGCUUCGCCGCCGCCUACCGGAAAGAUGCCUGUGGAGGGCAGCUGACGGGGCUGUCCGGGGAGAUCACCAGCCCCCGCUACCCCGAGAGUUACCCCAAUGAUGCCGAGUGCCGCUGGAGCAUCGGGGCCAGCGACAGUGGCCCCUUCACCCUGGUGUUCACUGACUUCCAGGUGGAGGGGGGCCAGGGCUGCGGCUUCGACUACGUGGCCCUUUUCGAUGGCCCCACCGCCGCUGCCCCCCGCCUGGGACGCUACUGCGGCAGCGCCCGCCCGCCCCGCACCGUCUCCUCCGCCCCGCACCUCCUCAUCCUCUUCAAGUCGGACUUCAACAUCGGCGGCAGGGGCUUCAAGGCCCAUUUCUACUCGGGUGAGUGCCAGGGGGUGUUCACCGCCAUCAAAGGGAAUCUGUCCAGCCCUCGGUACCCCAACUUCUACCCCAACAACCUCAAGUGCCAGUGGAGCAUCCAGCUGCCCCCGGGCUACCGGGUCAAGGUCUUCUUCUUGGACAUGGAGCUGGAGGGCCGGAGCAGCCUGACGGGCGGCUGUGACUAUGACCACCUGGCUGCCUUCGACGGCGGCACCGAGAACGGGUCCCUGCUGGGGCGGUGGUGCGGGCGGGAAAGCCUGGCGCCCAUCACCUCCCGCAGCAACCAGCUGCUGCUGGUCCUCCACACUGACCACAACACGGCCAAGAGGGGCUUCUCCAUCGCCUACGUGGGAGUUGUGCCCAUGAACAUCAGCUGCACCCGGACGGACUUCCACAUCCAGAUCCCCGUACAGUCCCUGGCCCAGCUGGAGAGGAAUAGGAUUUAUUUGGGGACCCCCUCCUGUGCAGCCCAGGUGGUUGGCAGGAACUUUAAAAUACACACCAGGUUCGACACCUGCGGCACCGAAUCUCAGAAACGCAACAACACGUCCGUCAUCGUCAGCACCCUCUACAUCGAUUUUUCAGUGGGUGACGAGGAGGACAUCCACCAGUACGAGGUGCAGUGUGAGCCAAAGAGGAAGGAAGCCUCGGUGACCCUCAUCGCUGGCCCCAACCCAUCCAGGCUCAGCCAGGCAGAAAACCUGGUGGAUGCCCAGCAGCGGGAGGGGGGAGCGACGGACACCCGCGAAAACAAGAGCCAGGACACCAGUGACAUCGUCUUCAUCAGCAUCUGCAUCCUGGCCGGGCUCCUCAUGGUCAUCGCAGUGGUGGGGCUCGUGCUGCUGUAG